AUGAAGGAAACAAGCUUUGGCAAGUACAAGAAAGCCGUCCAGGCAUUGCCACGAGAUAUCUUUAAUCGUCAAUUAUUUUUGACGGCUCUGUCGUUUGCCUUGUGCGGAUGCCCGAAAGGAUGGGACGAGGGGUCCGCGGCGUCUAUUACCCAGCUCAAGUCUUUUCAGAGACAGUACGAUCUUGAUAGCCAACUCGAUAACGAAACCAUCGAAAACCUCGUCUCCUUCGUCAACAUCGGUGCCGGCUUUGGGGCCUUCUUGUCCUUCUUUCUCAAUGACAGGCUCGGACGUAUACAAUCUAUGAGGCUCUAUCAGACUAUAUACGUUGUAGGUUCUCUGGUAUCCUGCUUCUCCUACGGCAACGUUGGUGCACUAUACUUUGGCAGAAUCUUUGCUGGUCUGGGUAUUGGUGCCUGCACUGUCAUUGGACCAAUGACUCUGGCAGAGAUCGCACCGGCGACUAUCCGAGGUUUCAUGACUCUCUGGUUCAAUAUGUGCAUGCUCCUCGGCCAGGCUCUUGGUAUCUUUACCGUGUAUGGCUGCAAUGUGCACAUAUCAAGCGCCAAGAACCUGCAGUACGAAGUUCCCUGGUUCGUCCAGACUUUCGCUCCAUUUAUCGGCGUCGUUGUGUCUUUCUUCAUCGUGGAAUCUCCAAGGUGGCUCGCUAUCCGCUGCCGUCAAGAUGAUGCGCUGAAAGCACUUUCUGCCUUGCGCGGGUUACGUGCUGAUGACCCCUUCAUUUUAGAAGAGUUCAGCCACAUCAUUCACACAGUCGAAGAUGAAGGCAGACAGAACGGAGGCAACAGCUUCGUCCUUGUCAUGAAAGAGACAUUCUUUGUCCGCUCCAACCUGCGUCGCGUGCAACUCACCUUGAUUGCCUAUGUCCUGGCACAGUUCUCUGGCGCGAACUCGGUGACCAACUACCUUCCAACUAUCUUCGGAUUGGUCGGAGUAACUGGACGGGAUACCAAGAUUUACUCAUCAGGCCUUUAUGCUGUUGCAAAGUUUGUUUGUACCAUGGCCGCCUCUCUCUUCUUUGUCGAUAUGCUUGGCCGCAGAAAGUCGCUCAUGAUUGGUGUCACUGUCCAGAUGCUCUGCCAUUCUUACCUUGCUGGUUACUUGAAUGUUUUCAGAUCUGAUGGAAUUGCGGUUCCCAAAGGUGCAUCUGAUGCUGCCAUUGCAGUCAUUUAUAUUCACGCUUUUGGUUGGGCUGUGGGACUUUACACGCUGCCAUACCUUUUUGGUGCUGAACUAUGGCCCAACCGCAUCCGUUCCUUCGGCGGUGCUCUCUCGCAGUCCUUCCACUGGUUCUUUUACUUUGCUAUUACAAAAGCUACACCUAGUCUUUUGAGUAGCAUGGACGUUUGGGGAGCAUUCAUGUUCUUUGUCGGAUGGUGUAUGGUUGCUCUGGCGUACACCUUCUUCUUCGUCCCUGAAACCAGCGGACUUAGUCUCGAUGACAUGAACGUGAUUUUCUCACGACCGAUGUACAAGAUGCGCCAGUCUCUACCAUCCUCCCGAGCGGGCAUUGACGUCAGGUUAGAUGAAAAAGAAGAUGUUUCGGCCAAGUCUCAGCAUCACGAGACAGCUGGGAAAUGA